UUCAUCCUCUCCGACAAAGUAGCGAAUGGCGGCGUCGGCAUGUGGUGCGAGCUGUGCCAGGGGAAUUUCUUCGAUGAAUUUCAGAUGGAAGGAGUAGCUGCAGAGCACAAUGAAAUCUAUUUAGAGUUGAUGCCUGAGAACCUGUCGAGAGCAUUAAAAACUGCCCAGAGUGCCAAGGCAGUGAAGAUCAAGUUGACUAACAAACACUGUCCCUGUCUCAGAGUUGCUGUGGAACUACCUUCGUUAUCAAGCAGCAAUAGAAUUGUGACACAUGACAUUCCUGUGGGGGUUAUUCCCAGAAGAUUAUGGAAUGACUUCAGAGAGCCCAGUGUGCCAGACUUUGAUGUCAGUAUUUACCUACCAGUGCUGAAAACAAUGAAGAGUGUUGUGGAGAGAAUGAAGAAUCUCAGCAAUUCCAUUGUGAUUGAAGCAAACUUGAAUGGAGAAAUGAACUUGAAAAUAGAAACUGACUUAGUAUCUGUAACAACACAUUUUAAAGAUUUGGGAAAUCCUCCCUGGGCAUCAGAGGAUGGAUGUCAAAGUUCUGCUCAAGGCAGAGAUCUGGAAAGCAUGGCUGAGGCACGCAUAGACAUCAAGAAGCUACAGCAGCUGCUUGCUGGACAGCAGGUCAAUCCCACGAAAGCAUUGUGCAAUAUUGUAAGUAAAAGAAUUGUCCACUUCAUCUUGCUCCAUGAGGAUGUUUCACUUCAGUAUUUUAUUCCGGCACUUGCCUGAAUGUUUUGGAAUCUCAGUCAUUUUCUAACCUGAGGCCUUUUCCAUGAAGUCUGAAAACUUUCAGGAGUUGCUGGAGUACUCUCAUGUGAUAUGCUGUUAGAUGCAGCCAUCACAUGGACUUUAUUUCCAUAUUUAUGAAAUCAUUCAAGAUAUCUCCACAUCCAGAAGGCCAUUUUUGUGAAGAGUUACAUGCUGUGAAAGGCACAACACUGGGGAGCUGGCAUAUCUGAAUGUUACAGGGAGCAAAACUGAAAUUU